CUUCCUCAUCAGAGGAGGGAGGAAGACGCUUUAAAGGCAGAGCUGACAUCACUCCUCUUCUGCUCUAUAAAAGCUGCACGAGCGCCUUCAAGGACCCUUUCAGAGGAACUUUGGAGCCGAGAGAACCACUGCAGGAGUCAUGGCACCAUCCGGAACCAAGAAGAACAUUCUGGAGCGCCUGGAGGCUGGAGAGGUCAUCCUCGGGGACGGAGGCUUCGUGGUCGCUCUGGAGAAGAGAGGUUACGUGAAGGCGGGACCGUUGACCCCCGAGGCCGCCGCCGAGCACCCAGAGGCGGUGCGCCAGCUGCACCGGGAGUUCCUGCGCGCGGGCUCCACGGUCAUGCAGACGUUCACCUUCUACGCCAGCGACGACAAGCUGGAGAACAGAGGCAACACGCAGAGCUUCACCGGUCAGCAGAUCAACGAGGCCGCCUGUGACCUGGCCCGGGAGGUGGCCAACGAGGGGGAUGCUCUGGUGGCAGGGGGGGUCUCCCAGACCCCGUCCUACAUGAGCUGUGAGAGCGAGGAGGCCGUGAAGGCCAUCUUCAAGAAGCAGAUCGAUGUCUUCAUCAACAAGGACGUGGACUUUCUGAUCGCAGAGUACUUUGAGCACGUGGAAGAGGCGGAGUGGGCGGUUCAAAUCCUGAAGACCAGCGGGAAGCCCGUGGCUGCGACUCUGUGCAUCGGACCGGAGGGGGACCUGAACGGAGUCAGCCCCGGAGACUGCGCUGUCAAACUGGUGAAGGCUGGCGCAGAUAUCGUGGGGGUAAACUGUCACUUUGACCCGGAGACCUGCGUGAAAACUGUGAAGAUGAUGAAGGAGGGCGUGGAGAAGGCGGGGCUUAAAGCCCACUACAUGACCCAACCGCUGGCCCUGCACACCCCCGACUGCAAUCGCCAGGGCUUCAUCGACCUGCCCGAGUUCCCGUUCGCUUUGGAGCCUAGAGUGUUGACCAGAUGGGACAUGCACAGAUACGCGCGGGAGGCCUACAACGCCGGCAUCCGUUACAUCGGCGGCUGCUGCGGGUUCGAGCCGUACCACGUCCGAGCCGUGGCCGAGGAGCUGGCGCCCGAGCGCGGUUUCCUGCCGCCCGCCUCCGAGAAGCACGGCCUCUGGGGCGCCGGCCUGGAGAUGCACACCAAGCCUUGGGUCAGAGCCAGGGCUCGCCGUGAAUACUGGGAGAAUCUGAAGCCCUCAUCUGGACGCCCGUUCUGCGCCGCCAUGUCCAAACCCGACUGCUGGGGCUACUCCAAAGGCCACCCCGACCUGAAGCAACAAAAGGAGGCCACCAGCGAGGAUCAGCUGAAGGCUGUCUUUGACAAAGCCGCCCAGAGCCAAUGAGAGCCCCCCCGAGGGUCACAAUGAAUUCACAUCAGUUCAGAAGUUGACCCCCCACCUAAGCCGAAGAGAAAAUAGGAGAUUUCCCUGAGCCUGACCCGCAGGAACAACUAGUUUUUAAAGCUUUGUUUAGGAUUAUUUCUGUCUUUUGUAGUGUUUUUAGCUGAUUUGUACUUUAAAAGCUGCUUAGAUAAACUGCUGAAGUAAAGUCCUAACCAUCUAGUGAUGUUAUGAUGCAAAAAUAAAGCCUUGCUGAAAUUUA